AUGAGAUAUGAGGAGAGCAUCUGUGUGAACUAUGAGGUGAAGCAGAACAUUUGUAUGAACUAUGAGGUGAAGCAGAGCAUCUGCGUGAACUAUGAGGUGAAGCAGAACAUCUGCGUGAACUAUGAGGUGAAGCAGAGCACCUGCGUGAACUAUGAGGUGAAGCAGAACAUCUGCGUGAACUAUGAGGUGAAGCAGAGGACCUGCGUGAACUAUGAGGUGAAGCAGAGCAUCUGCGUGAACUAUGAGGUGAAGCAGAACAUCUGCGUGAACUAUGAGGUGAAGCAGAGGAACUGCGUGAACUAUGAGGUGAAGCAGAACAUCUGCGUGAACUAUGAGGUGAAGCAGAACAUCUGUGUGAACUAUGAGGUGAAGCAGAGGACCUGCGUGAACUAUGAGGUGAAGCAGAGCAUCUGCGUGAACUAUGAGGUGAAGCAGAACAUCUGCGUGAACUAUGAGGUGAAGCAGAACAUCUGCGUGAACUAUGAGGUGAAGCAGAACAUCUGCGUGAACUAUGAGGUGAAGCAGAACAUCUGCGUGAACUAUGAGGUGAAGCAGAGCACCUGCGUGAACUAUGAGGUGAAGCAGAACAUCUGCGUGAACUAUGAGGUGAAGCAGAGGACCUGCGUGAACUAUGAGGUGAAGCAGAGCAUCUGCGUGAACUAUGAGGUGAAGCAGAACAUCUGCGUGAACUAUGAGGUGAAGCAGAGGACCUGCGUGAACUAUGAGGUGAAGCAGAACAUCUGCGUGAACUAUGAGGUGAAGCAGAACAUCUGUGUGAACUAUGAGGUGAAGCAGAACAUCUGCGUGAACUAUGAGGUGAAGCAGAACAUCUGUGUGAACUAUGAGGUGAAGCAGAACAUCUGCGUGAACUAUGAGGUGAAGCAGAGCACCUGUGUGAACUAUAAGGUGAAGCAGAACAUCUGUGUGAACAAUGAGGUGAAGCAGAGCACCUGUGUGAACUAUAAGGUGAAGCAGAACAUCUGUGUGAACAAUGAGGUGAAGCAGAGCACCUGUGUGAACUAUGAGGUGAAGCAGAACAUCUGUGUGAACAAUGAGGUGAAGCAGAGCACCUGUGUGAACUAUGAGGUGAAGCAGAGCACCUGUGUGAACUAUGAGGUGAAGCAGAACAUAUGUGUGAACUAUGAGGUGAAGCAGAACACCUGUGUGAACUAUGAGGUGAAGCAGAACAUCUGUGUGAACAAUGAGGUGAAGCAGAACAUCUGUGUGAACUAUGAGGUGAAGCAGAGCACCUGUGUGAACUAUGAGGUGAAGCAGAACAUAUGUGCGAACUAUGAGGUGAAGCAGAGCAUCUGUGUGAACUAUGAGGUGAAGCAGAGCACCUGUGUGAACUAUGAGGUGAAGCAGAGCACCUGUGUGAACUAUGAGGUGAAGCAGAGCAUCUGUGUGAACAAUGAGGUGAAGCAGAGCAACUGUGUGAACUAUGAGGUGAAGCAGAGCACCUGUGUGAACUAUGAGGUGAAGCAGAGCAUCUGUGUGAACAAUGAGGUGAAGCAGAGCACCUGUGUGAACAAUGAGGUGAAGCAGAGCUCGUGUUGUGGUCGUGGUUCAGCCUCACUCCUCUCCCUCCUCCUGCUCCUCCGAAAUAACUGUUAUAAACAUUUACUCACAAUGAGUUGUAUACAUUUCUCUCGGUUUACCAUGAUUUGA